CUGUGGUCCAAGUGUGGCUGGCCCAGCCAACAGGGGAGCUCUCCAAUCUCACGGUUCCUCCCCGGAGCAAGCCCUCUGCAACGCCAAAGCCCUGAAGACUGACAGCUGUUGGAGCGUCCGCCUUCGUCAGCUGGCUCACACCCUGCUGGUCGUCAUGGCUGCUGGGAAGGGUGCUCUGCAGAGCUCUUCGGCUGAAAACACAUGGAGGCUUAAUGAAGCUGACCAGGGCUGGAGCUGCAAGCCAGUGCUGCUGGAAAAAAUGAACAACCUGGGCUCUGAGGCUGCCAUGGGUGGUGGUGGCCGGGAGGAGACCUCUGCUGAGGUGGCACUGUCAGCAACCCCAGGAAAACUCAGACUGGGAAAGCCAAUGGCCCAGAAGGUGUGCUGGGAACAGGGGCAGAGUGCUUUCACAGAGGUGCCUCGACUCAAGAAGAGGCUGGAGGGUGUGCAGGCCAGGGAGAGGGAGCAUGAUAACCCCACAGGCCAGCCUGGUCCCCAGAAGCUGACCCAGGACACCCCCAGGGACCUGGCUGACAGCAAGACCUCUGUGUGGCCCAGUGGAGCCCGAGGGGAGCAGAAAAGCGCCUUCAGCAAACCAGCCAGGUGUCCAGCAGGGAGACCUGGGCCAACCUCCGUCUUCCAGACACGUGGACCUGCAGAUGCCCUUGGGGAGCUGUUGGGACUCAGCAACACGGUAGACAUCCCUUGUUGGGAUCAGCUUUCAAAUUCUAAGUUUUUGGUGGGUGAUUUCUGGAACCUGCAGACGUUGCCACAAAAUGCUCCUCUCUGCAGUGCUUUCCUGGGAGCCCCCACACUGUGGCUAAAGCAUGCCACAGCCCAGAUGUCCACACCGUCAUCAUCCUCUUCCACUGCCACUUGGGCCCUGCUGCCACCUACAUUCACCUCCCUGGGCCUGUCCACCCAGAACUGGUGUGCAAAAUGCAACCUCUCCUUUCGCCUGACCUCCGACCUGGUCUUCCACAUGCGGUCCCACCACAAAAAGGAACACGUGGGGCCUGACUUACAUUCUAAGAAGCUGAGAGAAGAGGCCCUCACGUGUCCCAUUUGCCAUGAGUAUUUCCGGGAGCGCCACCAUCUCUCCAGGCACAUGACUUCUCACAGUUAGCAGGUGGCUGUGGAACAGACCUGUAGAUGCAGCUUCUAGCAUUUGGUGGUGGGGCGGAGAUGGCUCACUGGUGCUUCCUUUGAAAAGGCUCGUCAUCGUCGUCUGCAGGGCUGUCUGCACUGGAGUUGAUAGAUGAACUUGGUCAUCAUUUGAAAAAGACAGUCCUUGGCUCUGAUGUAUUUUGAUGGAAAUAAAGUCAUGAAAUAAAAUGACACACUUUGCUAACCUAGGGUAUCAAGACUGCUAGGCACGGAGUAGAGGCCCUGCUUCUGUUCCAUAUAGAGGCAAGUUUGACACACAGCCUGGGCUUUGGAGGCAGACAAACCUGGAUGCUAACCUUUCACAUAUUAGCCCUGACCUUGGACACAUCGCUUUCACCAUCUGAGCCCCAGUUUUCUUCUCUGUAAAUGGAGAGGGCGGCACCUGUGUCUUAGGGAUGUUGUCAUGGUUACGUGGGAAGGUGUGUGGAAAAUAGCCAGGAUGCCACCUGGCACAGUGUGAUUCCUGAGUGAAUGAUAUUUGUUAUCAUUGUCCAGAUUAGUAAGCUGUUGUUCCAUGACAGAGUCUCAGCGGCAAGCAACCCAAAGCAUCUAAUUCUCACUCGAAGUUCUGUGGGUUGGCUGGGUUGGGUUGGGCUUGGCUGGGCUUGGCUCCAGGUUGCAAAUUAUAUUUAGGUUCAUGUUCUGUUACUCUAGAACUAGUGGGCUUCCUAGAUAAUACUUCUCUUAUGGUCAUUCCCAGAGCACAAGAAGGAAAAUCCAAACACACAAGCACACCUCAAGUCUCUGCUUGGGUCACUUCUACUAGCAGCCUCCCAGCCAAAGGGAGUCAAUGACCAAGCCCAAAGCAAGUGGGUGAAAUGUGCCACCUGCCCACAGGGAAGCCGUGAUGAGGGAGCGGAUGUAAGGUCCUACUACAGAGGCAUGAAGAGUUGGGACCAGUCAUUCAGCUGACACACUUGGUCCAUGGUUCUUCACAUGCUGAAUAUGUGGAAGGGGGAGAAAGGAGCAACAUCCCCCCACCCACACACUCCUUAUCUCUCAGCAAGCAAGCAUGGUGCAAAAGCUUAAGACU